CUGCCGACCCGGAAGUUAUUCCAGUGGGUGUCCAACGUGUGUGUGGCGAGGCAGCUGCGCGUUAACGUAAGUAAGAUCAUGGGAAAGUCCAAACAGGUUGGAAAGCACAGUAAAGGCAGGAAGAAGAACAUUUCCAAGACAUGGAAGACUAAGCGCAGGACGAAGGACCUUGACCAGAUCCAUGCAGACAUGAUCCCUGCAAAUGCUGUCAAGUUACUAAAGCAAGAUGUAGAUUUUGAUGUUACAGGAUGUGCUCAGCAUUACUGUCUGCACUGCGCGAGAUAUUUUGUCAAUUUGAAAACACUGAAGGAGCAUUUCAAAUCCAAACCUCAUAAAAAACGAUUGAAGCAGCUGAGGGAAGAGCCAUAUACACAGGCCGAGGCAGAGCGGGCAGCAGGAAUGGGCUCCUACAUCCCACCCAAAACUGUAGAGGUUCACACACAGCAGGUCGAGGAAGAUAUGGACUGAAAGAGCACUUUGGUCUGCCUCUCUGUGGACUCUUGCUCUUCUGGACUCAGAGCAACAAUUUGACCUGUUUCAGAGCUGAAAUUAGUUUAUGGAGAUGGAAAGUAAGUUGAAAAAUAUUAAAUGAAUUGAUAUUAUUUUGAUGAAUGUUCAAUGACAAUUGUCUGUUAAUUCAGUCUUGUUUGAUUUUGGAGAAGUCCUGGAACAGCUGGCUACAGUUUCAUACUUGUUGUGAAAUUAAAUUAGUAAAGUUUGCUUACAACAAGCAACCUUCUGGGACUGAAAGCCUCACAAUGUUCAUUAUGUAUGUGAAUAUAAACUCAGCAAAAAAGAAACGUGUCCUCUUUUUUUUUUUUUUUUACUAUUAUUUCCAGCAAAUUUCUUAAUGUGUAAA